AUGUCGGUGAUAAGUGUUUUCGUCUGCUUGGAUAAUCGAAACAACAUCCAUCUUUAUAGGCGGAGAAAUAUCAGAGGUAUUGUGGGAGGUUCCCUAAUGAGACUGGGCAAAGUGCGGCUUGCACAGUCGCACCCUCCGGGCACAUGGCGCGCUACUGGACCUGGGAAGAAAUCGACCCAUCGUGUUAGUUUACAUGCUCACUGGACUGAAAACCGAACAGUUUUAGGAGAAAAAGGCGUUCAAUCUUCUAUGAGAUCACUGUAUUGGACAGUUACGCAUGGUCGUAACGGUAAACUGACCAACUACCCUGCAUGCCUCAACACCUUGCUUUCAGAGUUAUGGUCAUUGAAUCUCACCUAUGUUGCUGCUGGUGAGCGACGCACGAACGGCGACGUAUCCAGAAAGGCCUAUUUCAUCCAGAAGACCUGUUACUUUUAUCAUAGGACACCUUUAUGGAUCUGGGUCCACUUCAUGAUGGGGAAAGGAGAUGCGCCACACCAAAUUGGCGCUAGCGGAAGGGGUUUGAAUAAAUGGCAAACGAAGAGCAGGCCCUUGACAGGCUUCCACGAACUUGCGGGCAAAUACCGUUCUUCGUCAAUGAGGGCCGAAAACCAGGAUUCCCGAGGAUACCGUCAUGGAGAACAAUACAAAGGGCACCAAACAGUCCAGGAACGCAGGGAUAUGACAAACAUCUUCUUCCAUUCACUACCUAACCAAGAGCCAUCAUCCCAAGAGUCCAGCAACAACCCUCAGACCACUGCCAAACGGGAUGACGUACAUCUUAUUUUCAACCAGUCAGCCAAUCCAUCGAUCUCCUUAAAAUCAUCCCGACCCUCCCAGCGGACAGGUGCGGAAACAGCUUCCAGAGUUCCGCCAUAUAAGAUACAUUGCUUCAAACAUUAUCGACCUCUAAAAAGAAUACCAAGACGUGCCCUUAGCUCUCAGCUGCCCUCAGCCCAGGGUUUGGGUAUAAACAAAAAUCCAAAAAGAAGCGAAGAAGUGCCGGAAUGGAAGAACGCAAAUCCACAGGAUAUUGCCACGUCUGGUGGGUGGGUUUGUCUUAAGAUGCAUCCAGCAGACCCUCAAGAAUCGAAAGCCAACCAUGUAAACCAGAAAAUUCAAGCGACAUAG